AAUUGAGAAGAUAUUUUACAACCCAAGGCGUACAAAUCACAAACACGUACCCUCUCUCUCUCUCUCUCUCUACGAAUCUUAGGUAAAUUUCCUCCGAUUUUCUUCGUUUUUUUCCUCUCGAUUUCUCAAAUUCAUCUCGAUAGUGGAUCUCUCUCUCUCUCUUUCGAACCAAAGCAUGAAGGGAGGUAAAUCAAAGGCUGAUACCAAGAGCUCCAAGCUCGCGGUGAACAAGAAGCCUGCAAAGGCAAGCAAAGCGGCUGCGGCUGCUAAGGAUCCUAACAAACCUAAGAGGCCUUCCAGUGCCUUCUUCGUUUUCAUGGAGGAUUUCCGUCAGACUUACAAGAAGGAUCAUCCCAAUAACAAAUCUGUUGCUGCUGUUGGGAAAGCUGGUGGACACAAGUGGAAAUCCUUGUCUGACACUGAGAAGGCUCCCUACGUUGCUAAGGCUGACACGCGCAAGGUUGACUACGAGAAGAACAUGAAAGCCUACAACAAGAAGCUGGAGGAAGGUCCAAAGGAGGAUGAGGAGGAAUCUGACAAGUCCGUGUCUGAGGUUAAUGAUGAGGAUGAUGCCGAUGAUGGGAGUGAUGAGGAGGAAGACGAUGACUAAGAAGUUUAUGUCCGGUAGCAUAAUAUAGGACGCUGCAAUGAUCUCUUGGAUGUUCUUUCUCAUUUUCUCUUCAAAAUGUUAACGAAGCUGUUUUAAAUGUUUUUUUUUUACCAAUUCUACGGGUAAUGGAAAAACCGAAUGUAAUGAGAGAUUUGCAGCUCAAUAUAAAAUAUUAAGCCUUUUUAUA